AUGAAAACGGGAUCAGACCCUGUGGUUUCGUCAUGUUUGAAUUAUGUAAGCCAAGAGCAGGGCACCGAACCUUUCCUUGAGCUUCCGUCUCGCUUCCCCAAACGAAGGGUGACAGUCCCCGCCGCGCGCGGGGGCGAGGGGAGCCGCAUGCCUGAGCGCACCGGCCUCUGCCAGCGCCUGCCAUCGCGUGCCCCUCCGGGAUUCCGGGGCCUGGGAAGCUCCGGGCGGGAGGUGGGGAGGCGGCGCUGCGAACUCGCCCGGGGUGUUGGGCCGCGCUCCCCGCGUUUGAAGUCUCCGGCGCGGCCGCUGGUUGGGCGGCGCGGGUCACGUGCGCGCGGGCAGGAGUUUCCCCGACAGCUGGAGGCUGCGUGGGAUCCGGCGGCGGCGGCGGCGCCCCGCGCUGCGGCGUCGUGUCCGGUUGUGUCCUGCAGGCCGAAGAGGCAGCCGAAGCCCGCCUCGGAUGAGGGCUACUGGGACUGCAGCGUCUGCACCUUCCGGAACAGCGCCGAGGCCUUCAAGUGCAUGAUGUGUGAUGUGCGGAAGGGCACCUCCACCCGAUCCACAUUCUUUGAAGCUAUUGUGAGUGGCUCGAGGACCAAGGGACCGUUGCAUCCCAUUUCAGGAAGGAAACCUCGACCUGUCUCCCAGCUGGUCGCACAGCAGGUUACUCAGCAGUUUGUGCCCCCUACCCAGUCAAAGAAAGAGAAGAAAGAUAAAGUAGAAAAAGAAAAAAGUGAGAAGGAAGCAACUAGCAAAAAGAAUUGUCAUAAAAAAACCAGACCAAGAUUAAAAAAUGUGGAUCGGAGUAGUGCUCAGCAUUUGGAAGUCACUGUUGGAGAUCUAACAGUCAUUAUUACAGACUUUAAGGAGAAAGCAAAGUCAGCGCCAGCAUCCAGUGCUGCUGCUGGGGAUCAGCACAGCCAGAGCAGCUGCAGCUCCGACAACACUGAGCGGGGCGUGUCCAGGUCCUCCUCACCUCGGGGAGAAGCCUCAUCCCUGAAUGGAGAGUCUCACUAAGCAUUCUUGCUCCACUUAGUCACGCCUGUCCUCCCAUGGAAAUACAGAUUAUGCCAAGAACUACCACAUUUUCAUGACAGACACAUUCAUGCAUAACCUAUAAUUUGAGUUUUACAUGAAAUAUGAAUUUGCCAGGACUUAUUAGAUUUUAUUGCAGUGUAAGCUACCAAAUGUUUCCAGACUUAACAUUUUGGUCUCUGGUGUUAAAUGCCAUGAAAAUGUGGUUGAAUUAUUCAUUAUGCAGUGUUAUUGGUAAGUCUAUUUUCACUUAUAGUUUAGUGAAUUCUAACACAUAAUUAUUGAAUUCUCUACUAUCGGCAUGUAAUGAGUUUAAAUUUUUUAUUACAUAGUGCAAGCUGCCUAAAUAUGUAUUAUUUGAGAAUUGUGAAACAAAUAGUUAUAUGUAUGCAAGUCAGAGAUCAACUUAAUCAACUAUGGCUGCAACAGGAUUUUCUUAAUGGUUAUCCUCUUAAUGCACCUGCUGGUACUUGGUGUGGUUAAAUAGGAAAGUUGUUAUUAAAUAAAGAAUUUGUAUGAACCUUUGCCAAUGUGUUUGACAUGUUCUUACUAAAUUAUUGUUUCUGAAUUAUGUUUUAUCCAUUUUACAGUUUAUGUUUGUUUAGUUUGCUUAUUUUUUCAAAGCAUCAAUUUAUUGUAAUGUUUACUAGCAGAAUUGUAAACAAUAAAAAAUGGAUCGUUUAGCUUUCUAAUUCAGGUUUAGUGCUGUUGUCAUUGAACACUGGUUUUUCCUGUAUUCUCUAAGACAUUAAAGUUAAAGAAGUAUAAGCAUCUGGCAGAAACAGAAAAGAACUUGCCAUACUUGGAAAGGCUUUAACUUAAUGAUAGUUUAACACUGUUUCCUUGUUCCAAACCUAUCCACGGUCAUAGACAUGUGAAUCUAAUUAACAUAAACAUGGUGACUAUUGCACAGAACCAGGAGGUUGAUCUUAGAUCAGUUUAAUUGGCCUUUUAUUAAAUAGAACAAUUCAUAUGAAAACCAUAGUACUCUAUUUCCAGAUACAGCCUUUAAUUUAUGCAUUUAUCAAUAUCUUGAAAUAAAAGUAUUUACAGCCCCACUCACUUAUGUAAGAUUGCCAAUAAAAUAUUUUUUAUGACUUCAGAUUUUGCAUUUUGUUUACAACUAAAUGAAGUGUGUUAUGUUGUAUUUGAAAAUCUAUCUUAGAAACCACAUGCUACAUCUUAAAUUCUAUUAAAUUCUCCUCUUUUCUCUAGCCAUUUGCUUAAUAUAUAGAUAUUAAGUCCCUAUAAGACUUCUGAAAUGUAAAUCAACCUAAAGACAAUACGUAACUUGAAUAUAACCUAUCACAUAAAAGAUGCCAUGAUAACAUUUGAAUGAAAAAUAAAACUGUGGACUCUGAAAGUUGUAAUAUUUGGUUUCUCAUGGCAAUGUAACUCUGUUCCAUUGCAGUGCCUUCUAUUGGCACAGUGGUACUCCUGUAACAUGCUAGUGUGAAUACAGUUUAUUUCAUGCAGUAAACGUCUGUGAUGAAAACAUUCAAUACCUCAUUCUUCAGUGUUGUUAAAUGAAGAUGUAAAACUUGUUUUAUUCUAAGAUACUUCAAUGGAAUACCAACUGUCUGGCUAUGUUCUUUUCAAACAUGUUAUUUUUGCAUUGUUUUUCAUGUAUAAAUGUCCAGUGUAUCCAGUUUUAAAUACUUGUAAUGGGGAAAUACUCUAGUUCCUAAAACAAAAUAAGUAAAGGCAAUAUAUCUUAUAGUGAUCAUAUAUUUUCGUAAUAUAUUUUCAAUUUCUCUGCAAGAAAGAAGAGCAUGAGAAAAGGUGAGGUGUUACCUGAGUAGGUUGAACUCACCCGUGUGCUGGUGGAAGGCAGACUGUUGGUUGCUGCUUGAGCCUCCUCUAGAGUGAAUACUGUACAUUCUCUAGCUUUCUUCCCAUCGGAAAAGUGGGGGAGUGAUGGCUGUAUCUGAUGCAUGUGGUCCUAGGGAGGAGUGAAUGUUAACCCAUUAAGAUCCUUAACAUUUCUCUAGCACACUCUAUCAGUAUAGGUAAAAUGCUAUUAAUACAUUUUUAUAACCAGAUCAUCUCAGUGCUUCUUAGGUAAUCUAAGAGAGCAGUAUUGUCAGUGUUUGCUCACUCUGAGAAGCCAGUACUCAACAGGUGAGACUGGAGAGAGGAACUGUGCAGUCUAGUGGGAUUUUGUUUUCCUUUCAUCUUCCUUUAUUUCACUCUACCUCAGAUAUACUUCAUAUCAGGAAGACAUGCAGAUUCCAUUUAUACAUGCACUUGAUGUUAAAAUAUGCAAAAGACUACUCAGCAGGGCUUAGGGUAUAUUCGUAGCUGUUUUGUAAAUUUGUAAUGUAGUUUUAUUCGGUGGAUUGUUUUAUGUUUUUUGAGUUAUGUGUACGAGUGUUUUGCUUUGAAUACAUGUGUGUGCACCAUGUGCAUGCCUAGUGCCUGCGGAGCUUUGAAGAAGGUUUUGGAUUUCUUGGAAUUGGAGUUAUAGACAAUUGUGUGCUCCUAUGUGGGUGCUGGUAAUCAAACUCUUGUCCUCUGCAAGAGCAGCAGGUGCUCUUGGCCACUGAGCUGUGUCUCCAGCCCCAUCAGCAGUGGGUUCUUUUAACCGGAUUCCACCCUGAAAGAAUUUGGGUAUUUUUCAGUUUAUUACCUUAGAGAUAAGCAGAAAUGAAAGUGAACUUUGAAGCCCACAAGAAUAGACACUCUUAAAACCUUUUGUGGGGAUUGAUGACCUAAUGGCUUAAAGCUUUUAAUUAAGGUUUAAUUAAGAUUUUAUUAAGUGCUUUUCUAAGAUUAUAGUGACAACAGUCCAGAUGAAGUAUAGUAAUAGGAGGAAUAAAAUUAACUAAAGGUGACAGCGUUUGUCAUCUUUCUUUUAGGUAUAAAUCCUCAGUGCCCAAAAGAAUGUACUUUGCCAUAUUGUAUAUAUAAUGGUAAAUGGCUUGAGUUUCUUAUUAUACUUUCUUAGCGCUUACCUCUUUGAGGAUCUUUGUGAGGAUUUGGUAUAGGAGCUAGUCACAGAAAGGGAUCUGUUGUGUGACUUUACAGUUGAGAAUGGGGGGGCGAGAUAGCAGUAAAAUGAUAAUGCUUUGACUUUGUGCUGUUUACCUUCUCAACUUGUGCAGAAGCCUGGAGCAAAGAAUGUAAAAAGUUGAAGUUCAGAAAAGCCAGUGACAGAAAUAGCCAAAGGCAAACAGUGAGCAGUACAGAAAGCAGGAAGCAAGGAAGGCUUUGCUCGACAUGAGAGUGAGAACAAGCUCUACUAAGCGCAGGUGAGGAAGAGUGUUGGCAUGUAAGAAAGGGAGGAAGAUCACAGGGAAGAGGCAGUAGGAAGGGUGUCAGGGUGGCCGGGCUUCUGGACUCGUCUCUGCGGGCAUGUUAGUGACACGCAGUGAUUAGUCAUCCUCAUAAUUAAUCAUAAACAGCUUCCUCAGCACAAGCUGCUAAGUAGGGCAGCCAUGUGUUUAAUAAUUUUGACUGCUUUUCAUCAAGUUAGUGCACUGUAAGCUACUGCAGACAAGUUUUCUUUAUAUAAAAACUGUUCUGAACACACAUACUUACUAGCCCAGAUCAUUUAAAUGUUACUUCAGUGUACUAAUGAGACUGUAGUCUGUGUAGAUCAUCCGGCCAUUAUGAGAUUGGCCAAUUUUUGACCAUUCGAAAUGCUAUAAAAAGACUAGAUAACUCUGGAAAAAUCAGUAGUUCCAAAAGGUGUCAGUAUUCUGAGACAUGUUUCCUAUAUUUUCUGUUACGUGUGUGUAAAGUAUGUUUGUGCAGGUGCUGCCAGUGUUGUUAUUCAGGCUCUAUCCACCAUGUUUUGUUUUUCUUUUAAAAUUUUAAUUAAAAAUGUGUUUUUGA